CAUAUACUAAAUAUUUGCGAUCAAGCAGAAAUGAAAUUCGAACCAAGGACGAAAUGCUCAAAUCAAUGCGCGUUCAUUAAUCAAAUUAACACAAGGUCAAUGAACUAACGAAGUGAAUUAUUGGAGAGCAUUUUAUCGUUGUGCAAAAGAGACUGAGUAAAAGCACGCCUACAAUUUUAACAUCUGUUACAUUGCACAUAAAGCAUUUUUCAGUUUUUUACGUUAAUUUUUAAGUUUUGUUAUAACGGAACAAGAAUUCCAUCAUACGGCACAAUAUUCGCUACUUUCGCUGAGUGAGCCGCAGUGCUACCGAGAAAACUGUGGACGAGGAUAACGAAAUUAUGAUAAACGGUAGCAAUGACACAAUUCGGAACCGGCAAAUGUUUGAGUGCUAAAUUGGAACUAAUGAAAUUGGGCAACUGAUGGGUGCACCUUGAGCGGGAAUUACGUUGUGAUAGGAAAGGACACAGUGAAAACGUUGGGUGAAAUGCUGUGGUUUCGAGUAGAAAAAAUUGUGUUGUAAUUAUGUAGAAUAAUUUAAAGAUCGCUAUUAUGUGAACCAACCUAAUUAUUAUUCUAUCAUUAUUCACAAUAAAUCUUCUCAACGACAGAAAUUUAUUACCACACCUUAGUGUCAACACUUACUCAGCUGAUGAACAGUCGGAAGUGUUAAGCGUAUCUAGAGCCAGAAGUUCCAGCGAUAGCUAUGAAAACCAUUUACCUGUUGCUGGAUCCACAACGGGUAGAAGCGUAUCCAUGUUACACGAAAAUCUUGCACAGGUGACAGGUGCCUCAUCACAGGAAACAGCCGUGCUAAUGACCAAAUACCUCAACGACCAUCUGCCGGCGGAAGAACUGGCAAGGAGGGCCUCAGUGCAGAGUAAUGAGGAUACGAGCCCGGAAGCUGCGGAUUACAGCGAAGUUCAUUCCAAUGUGAUUGGAGUUUUUCAUCAGAUUCUGGUGACAUGCGCCGUGCUGCUGCUGGCGGCGGCAUGCGGAAUGCCCAUCGGAUACUCUGCGGUUUUGCUGCCCCAGCUGUACAACGUGAGCGAACCGCUCAGAAUCGACAUCGAAAUGGGUUCGUGGAUCGCUAGUGUCCACAGUCUCGCCACACCGGUCGGGUCCUUCGCUUCCGGUCCGAUUAUGGACCGCUGGGGGCGUAAGCCGGCUUUGCUGUUUGCCAUCGUACCACUCUUCAGCGGGUGGAUAUUUCUCGCGACGGCGUCAUCGCAUUUCCUCAUCCUAGUCGGACGAAUCAUCGCUGGAAUUUCCGUUGGACUGAUUGCCGCCCCCGCACAGGUAUUACUGGCGGAGAUCGCCGAGCCGCGCCUUCGUGGUUUACUCAUCGGGGCCCCGUUCGUAUCCUACUCGAUGGGAAUCUUGCUGGUGUACGCAAUGGGGAGCCACUUCCACUGGCGGAAAGUGGCCUGGGGAGGAACCAUCCUUCCUGUUAUGUCCUUCUUUGCCAUAACUUUAGUUCCCGAGACACCCGUCUAUCUAGCGCGAAACAAUCGGUUGGAACAGGCUGCCAAAGCGCUAUCGUGGCUACGAGGUUGUCCCAUCCAAGCGAAGCGCGAGUUACUCCAACUGAUACAAAGAUGUUAUCACGAGACGCAGGAUGGUAACAGUAAAGGGUUGUGGAAGUCUCUUUCCGAAAUUUCAUUGAUUAAACCUCUCAUCAUCAUCAAUGGAUUCCAUAUCUUGCAAAUUCUUUCUGGAACCUACCUGGUGGUGUUUUAUGCUGUGGAUAUUAUUUCCGACAUGGGCGGAAGCGAAAUCAACACCAUGCAAGCCGCCGUUCUCACAGCUGUUGUGCGACUCGCAUUCACCGUAAUAUACUGCUUCCUACUACUAAUGAUGCCUCGUCGAAUGAUGGUCAUCGGCAGCGGAAUUGGUUCCGGGAUAAGCUGUCUAGCCCUGUCUAUUCUUAUGUACGUACGAUUAGACUCCAUCAAGACACCUUUCGACACGUAUGCUGCUGCAGUCUUCAUUCUGAUCUACAUAGGGGCCAACACGGGCUUCAUGACCAUGCCGGGAAUUAUGAUCGGUGAGCUAUUACCAGCGAAGAUUAGAGGACAAAUAGCGGGAUACCUUUUUACGAUCUUCAAUCUGCUGCUGUUUGGGGUGGCGAAAGCAUUUCCGUAUGCAAAGGAAAUGUUCAAAACGCAGGGUCUGUUUCUGAUAUUUGGAGUCGCCUCGUUUGGUGCAUCUCUGCUUCUGUAUCUAAUGCUUCCGGAGACAAAAGGUCGAACACUGCAUGACAUCGAAGAUUAUUUUCAGCGGAAAAAUUGGCUCUGGGUUGGAAGCAGUCGCAUGUCGAAAUCUACGAGUAAUUGUCCUACUGAUGAAGAAGGGCAAGCUUUGAAGGUGGUUAAAUAAUAAGAUAUAACCUAAAGUAGAUACAUUGGAUUCAAUUAAGUAUGACAGAGACAAAAGUUUCUAUGCGAUAUCAAAACGCUAAAAAAUAAAUAUUCGAAACAGUUCUAGACAAAAAAAAGUGUUAAAAAUACCCAUGAAAAAUGCACAUUUGGUAAAUUAGUGCUGAUUUUUGACGAAAAUAUAUCAUAAAAAAAUCAUACGACGUACCUGAGAACUACCAAUCGUUACAAAUGUGCAUUGGUUUCCCUACGAUAGAUUUUACAAUCAUUCAUUAUCCUGAUACUCUAUUUAAUAACGUGUUCAAAUGCGAAACUAUAUUGAUGUACGUGUAUAAAUGUAAUGCUGUAGUGAAGAAAUGAGA